GUUGACAGACAGACGGACAAGUGAGGAUUUGCAAUAGCUCACCAUGUGAGCUAAAAAAUAUGAGAACCUAGCAUAAAGAAAAAAGUAAAAUUUAGAACUAAGUAUAAAGCAAAGGUAAGGUUUAUCAAGUGUCUACAAUGCUUAGAAAAAAGUAUUUAAUUGUUUUGGCAAUUGUCGCAACAAUAAUAAUUGAAAAAUUAAUUUUAGAUUGGAAUAAGUAUGGAACGAUAUCAAAUAUACAAGGAAGUGGAAAUCUGGAUAAGAGUGUACUUACUCAGUACAAGAAUCAAACAAUACAAUGUACUUCUGCACAAAAUCAUUCACAGGACCCAAAACCUAGACGUAAGUUUCUGACAUUAUUUACAACAUUUGCAGAUGCAGAACCUAUUCGAUAUAAAGUGCAAAACAACACAAUAUGCAACUACUUGAACUUUCCAGAAGAUUUAGUACAUCUUGUUGCAUUUGUUGACAAGGCUGCCUACCAAUAUCAGUUCAAUGAAAACAUCAGCGUAUGUGGUAACCACAGUAAUUUUGAUAUAAAAAGAUGGCACUUGGUGGUCCUUCCAAAAUCAAGUACUUAUCUAGACAGGCCUUUCCUCAAAGACAUGUUCAUAUAUGUAAUGAGAGAAUUUGACAGUGAAUUAUACAUGUAUACAAAUGGAGACAUUCUUUAUCCAUGGGGUCACCUACAAAGAAGUUUCCAAGCUGUUACUUCAUAUGUAGAAACACAUAAACUACAUGAAUAUAUCAUAUUUGGAUUACGGAGAGAAGUGCCAUUCUACUCAGGUUCAGGUUUGGAUGUAAAACAACUUAAUACUGGAGAUGCUGAGGAAAUUUUGAACAUUGGAAAUGACACUGAGCCUACACGACCAUAUGCCUUGGAUUAUUUCGUCACAAAUAAAACAAGCUUUCCAUGGCACACAAUACCUGCAUUUAUAAUUGGUUCAGUGAGAUUUGAUGACUGGUUAGUUAUGUAUGCAAACAAACUCAAAAUUCCUAUUUUUGACAUAACACAGUCUACCCCAGUGGUACACCAGGCAGGCAUCCCCAAAAUUGGUGACAAAAGGGGUGAGGAUGCUAAUAAGUACAACACCAAGCUUUUUGAAGAAUCUGUAGGUCCUUAUAAUAAUGGAAAAAUUAGUGAAUGUGCGCAUUUGAGGACACUGUUGAUAAAGCAAGAAGUUGAAGUCAUUAAAAACAAGGACUAUCUCGCAAAAUGCAUUCAUGCGAAAAUUCUUUACAUUCCAAUAUUAUGACUGUACUUGAUGCAUUUUAGGGCUCCUAUAGUGGCUGGCUGGCUUUUAAUUCUUUAGGUGAUAUUCUAUAGUAUUCUCUCACUCAUAGGUAUCUACUAUAUACAGAAGUACAAACUUUGACUUGGAAGAAAAUACUGAAAUAUGCUUGAAAAUUAUGAGUUCUAAUUUGGUUAUAUCAGAGGCAUUAUCUGCUGACAUUUGUCUGCCAUUAUGGCAUUUAUCUGUAAACUUGUAUCUCAGCUAUUAUGUAAUAUUAUGUCCAGUAAAGCUGUGGUCUUUCGUAAUUUCUAUCGCACCCUUGAAUAGAAUAGAGUUUUUGGGACAGAAAGUCCAAAAUGGCCUCCUUAACAUUUACCCAGGAUGACUAAAAACUAAACUUUCAUAUCAAGAAGAAUUCC